UGGCUUCUCCAAUGGCCACUGUUCUCCAGCAAGAGGUACUCUACCAUGGGUUCUCCAUAGGCCACAGUUCCUCUGGAUAUGACCUCUGUCAUCUGUGGGCUGCAAUGCUGAAGGCAGCGGCCCUGGUGUGCGUGUACGCGGCAGCCUGGUGCAGCCCGGCGCUGGCGGCGGCGGCGGCGGCCGGGGGCAGAGCGGACAACGGCAAUUUUCUGGACGAUAAACAAUGGCUCACCACCAUCUCCCAGUACGACAAGGAGGUCGGGCAGUGGAACAAAUUCCGAGACGAUGAUUAUUUUCGCACAUGGAGUCCGGGUAAACCAUUUGAUCAAGCUUUAGAUCCGGCUAAAGACCCGUGUUUAAAGAUGAAAUGUAGUCGUCAUAAGGUCUGUGUUGCACAGGAUCAACAAACUGCUGUUUGCAUUAGCCACCGAAGGCUUACACACAGUAUGAAAGAGGCUGGUUUAGGCCAUAAACAGUGGAGGGGUGGUCCCAUUUCAUCAAACUGCAAGCAGUGUCCAGUAGUUUAUACCAAUCCUGUUUGUGGAUCAGAUGGUCACACAUAUUCUUCUCAGUGCAAAUUAGAAUAUCAAGCUUGUGUCUCAGGAAAACAGAUCUCAGUGAAAUGUGAAGGACGUUGCCCUUGCCCUUCUGACAAAUCCACAAACGCAGGCAGAAGCGAUAGGAGAGUUUGCAGUGACCUGGAAUUUAGGGAGAUCGCAAACAGGUUGAGAGACUGGUUUAAGGCACUUCAUGAGAGCGGAAUUCAGAACAAGAAGACUAGGAUUGUUCAAAGGCCUGAAAGAACCAGAUUUGAUACCAGCAUUUUGCCAAUUUGCAAAGACUCCCUCGGCUGGAUGUUCAACAGGCUUGAUACGAACUAUGACCUGCUGUUGGACCAGUCAGAACUUGGAAGCAUUUACCUUGACAAGAAUGAGCCGUGCACAAGGGCGUUCUUCAAUUCCUGUGACACAUACAAGGAUAGUUUGAUAUCUAACAAUGAGUGGUGCUACUGCUUCCAAAGACAGCAAGACCCACCUUGCCAGACAGAACUCAGCAACAUUCAGAAGCAGCAAGGAGGAAAGAAGCUCCUAGGACAGUACAUACCCUUAUGUGAUGAAGAUGGAUAUUACAAACCAAGUCAGUGCCAUGGAAGUGUAGGGCAGUGUUGGUGCGUUGACAGAUAUGGCAAUGAAGUAACAGGAUCCAGAACAAAUGGUGUGGCAGAAUGUGCUAUUGAUUUAGAGACGUCAGGGGAUUUUGCUUCUGGUGAUUUCCAUGACUGGACAGAUGAUGAAGAUGAUGAUGAUGAAAUAAUGAAUGAUGAAGAUGAAAUUGAUGACGAUGAUGAAGAUGAAGGAGAUGAUGAUGUGGAUGACGACGAUGAUCACGAUGGAUAUAUUUGAUGAUAUUAGGAGGGUGGAUGAAUUGUAUCUUUCUAAAAUUCAC